AGUUAUAGUAGACCGUAAAAUAGAAACCUACCUUUUUGCUGCAGAUUAUGAAUAUGGAAAACCAAGUGACUGAUACUUCUGAAGAGCGUACAUUUCAGUAUCAGAGAACUCUUCCUUCACUUCCAGUGCCUUCUCUUGAUGAAUCUUUAAAGAAAUACCUUGAUUCAGUAAAGUCCUUCCUAAACCAAGAAGAAUAUCAGCGAACUGAGAGCAUAGUAAAAGCUUUUGAAAAUGGGAUUGGAAAGGAGCUGCAGCAAAAAUUACUUGAAAGAGCUAAAGUAAAGCGAAAUUGGCUGGAGGAAUGGUGGCUGAAUGUGGCCUAUCUUGAGGCCCGUAUACCAACACAAAUUUUUCAUAAUUUUGGAGGUCCAGGCCCUUACCUUGAACACUACUGGCCAGUGAAGGAAGGGACUCAGAUUGAAAGAGGAAGCAUAAGUACAUGGCAUACUUUGAAAUUCUGGGAACUAUUGAGAACGGAAAAAUUGCGUGUACAUAGAUCUGGUAAUAUGCCUCUGGACAUGAAUCAGUUCCGAAUGUUGUUUUGCACGUGCAAGGUUCCAGGAAUUACUCAAGACUCCGUUGUCAAUUAUUUCAGGACAGAGACUGAAGGAGAAUGCCCAUCUCAUCUGGCAGUGCUAUGUCGAGGUCGGAUUUUUACAUUUGAUGCUGUGCAUGAUGGUCACAUAUUGAGCCCGCCAGAGAUUUCCAGGCAACUGACUUACAUCCAAGAGAGGUGCCAGAAUGAACCAGAGGGGCCAGGAUUAGCUGCCUUAACCUCUGAGAAGAGAACCCGGUGGGCACAGAUACGUGAUAAUCUUAUUAGCCUGGAUCCAAGAAACCUGUCCCUUUUGGAAAAAAUACAGACAAGCUUGUUUACUGUCUGUCUGGAUGAAGCAAGUCCUCAGGCUACACCUGAAGAUUAUUCACAGGUCACCAAGUUAGCACUGGGAGGAGAUCCAACGAAUCGCUGGGGAGACAAAUCUUACAACUGCAUUGUGUUCUCAAAUGGGGUAUUGGGCUCUCUCUGUGAUCAUGCUCCUUUUGAUGCCAUGGUUGUGGUAGUGCUCUGUUCGUACAUUGAUCAAAAGGUCAUUGAAUCAGAAGGAAGAUGGAAGGGAUCAGACAAAGUGCGGAAUAUUCCUUGGCCAGAGGAACUUGUUUUCAGCUUGGACCAGAAAAUACUCAAUGACAUUGCUUAUGCUAAAGGACAGUAUUACAAGCAGAUAUCUGACAUGCAGCUCGUGAAUUAUGCCUUCACAUCCUUUGGCAAAUCACUAAUCAAAAAGCAGAAGCUUCAUCCUGAUACAUUUGUUCAGCUUGCUCUCCAGCUGGCCUAUUAUAAACUUCAUGGACACCCAGCAUCCUGCUAUGAAACUGCUAUGACUAGACGCUUCUACCAUGGCCGUACAGAGACUAUGAGGCCAUGCACCAUGGAAGCAGUUGAGUGGUGUAAAUCCAUGCUAGAUCCUGACUGUACUCUUGGUCAGCGACACCAGCUCCUGCUGAAAGCCGUUUCAAAGCACAACAAACUGAUGAAAGAGUGUGAGAAUGGAAAAGGAUUUGACCGCCAUCUCUUGGGCCUCCUACUUGUGGCCAAAGAUCAGUGCCUUCCUGUGCCAGAAAUUUUCUUGGAUCCUGCUUUCAGCAGAAGUGGGGGAGGUGGAAACUUCGUGCUCUCCACUAGCCUGGUCGGCUACACAAGAGUGAUAGGAGCAGUGGUUCCUAUGGUGCACCAUGGCUAUGGGUGUUUCUAUAGAAUUAGAGAUGACAGGAUUGUUGUGGCUUGCAGUUCCUGGAUUUCAUGCUUGGAUACAGAUGCAGAAAAACUGUGUAAGAACCUGUUCCAGUCUUUUCAAGACAUUAUCCAAUUAAUGGCCACCGCCCAACUGUAGAAAAGAUACUGAAAUACGUGCCUUUAUUCCAUACCAAGCACUUGCAAAUAGAAAGCCUUGCCAAGAAGAGUGCUUUAACUGAGCACAGUGAUAGUUUAGCAUAGACUGUAGGCAACAAUGUAAAGCCUUUUAUGAGAUUUACUGCAAUAACAAUGCAACUUCUUUUGAAUAAGUUUGCAACAACAAUGCAAAAACUUCACAUUAGAAACUAUGCAACAUUGAGUCUCAGCAAUGCAAACAUGAUUGAAUCUGUGGCAGUUUAGAAAACAGUUUAGGCUAACUUGUUUUUAUAUUCCUAGUGAUAAGGGAGUUCCGGAAGGUAAUACUGAAAAUUACAAUAGUUUAUAUCAGUGCGUGAACGCUGAACCCUUACAUACUCAUUCCAGAGAGAGUAGGUUGUGGUGCCUUUCUAAAUGGUAUAUCGAUCAUGGCUUUUAUAACUUUUAGCUUCUGAAGUAAUCAAGAAAGAUAUUGGAAUCCUUGGGAUUUUUGUUUUAUGUAUAAUGUAGCUGCUGUCUUCCACUUUACACAGAAAUUGUUUUCCUUCAAGGGCUUCUCUACAGAUAGAGGCUUUUGUAUAGAAAAGGAGAAAAUUCUGUGACUUGAAAAACAUUCUUUAAAUUUUAUUUUUCCAAACAAAUAACAGAAAGUGAAAUAAUACUUGAAAGUUUACAAAGCAUAAAUGUGGUGAUUAAGAACUGCAUAUGCCACUGCUGCUCUCUAUAUAGCUUGAUAAGAUUCUCAGGAUUUAAGUCUUCCUUGGUAUCUCAAGGGGAAGUGGGAUUCUGUUGUAUCAACUAUGUCAUUUCCUCUUUGAAAUAAAGCCAGCUCAGACCUGUGA